GCACUCUUUGAAGCGCAGCUGUGAGAGUUUAAUCUGUCUCUUUAUUUCAACACAUUUAGGACGCAACGUCAAAACAUGCGUGAGUGUAUCUCCAUCCACGUCGGUCAGGCUGGUGUCCAGAUUGGCAAUGCAUGCUGGGAGCUUUACUGCCUGGAACAUGGGAUCCAGCCGGACGGACAGAUGCCCAGUGACAAGACCGGCGGAGAUGAUUCCUUCAACACCUUCUUCAGUGAGACUGGAGCUGGAAAACACGUCCCCAGAGCUGUAUUUGUCGACCUGGAGCCCACUGUCAUCGAUGAGGUGCGCACUGGGACCUACCGCCAGCUGUUCCACCCUGAGCAGCUGAUCACCGGCAAGGAGGAUGCUGCCAACAACUACGCCCGUGGACACUACACCAUCGGCAAAGACAUCAUGGACCUGGUGCUGGACCGGGUCCGUAAACUGGCUGACCAGUGCACCGGUCUUCAGGGCUUCCUGGUUUUCCGCAGCUUCGGAGGUGGCACCGGCUCUGGUUUCACCUCCCUGCUGAUGGAGCGUCUGUCUGUCGACUACGGCAAGAAGUCCAAGCUGGAGUUUUCCGUCUACCCAGCUCCCCAGGUGUCCACCGCUGUGGUGGAGCCCUACAACUCCAUCCUGACCACCCACACCACCCUGGAGCACUCUGACUGUGCCUUCAUGGUGGACAACGAGGCCAUCUACGAUAUCUGCCGUAGGAACCUCGAUAUCGAACGUCCUUCUUACACAAACCUCAACAGGUUGAUCAGUCAGAUAGUGUCCUCCAUCACUGCCUCCCUUCGUUUCGACGGGGCCCUCAAUGUUGAUCUGACAGAGUUCCAGACCAACUUGGUGCCAUAUCCCCGUAUCCACUUCCCUCUGGCCACCUACGCCCCUGUUGUGUCUGCUGAGAGGGCUUACCAUGAGCAGAUAACAGUGGCACAAAUCACCAACGCCUGCUUUGAACCAGCCAAUCAGUUUGUGAAAUGUGACCCUCGCCACGGCAAAUACAUGGCCUGCUGCCUUUUGUAUCGUGGUGAUGUGGUGCCCAAAGAUGUAAAUGCUGCCAUUGCCAGCAUCAAAACCAAACGUUCCAUCCAGUUUGUGGACUGGUGCCCCACUGGUUUCAAGGUGGGCAUCAACUACCAGCCGCCCACUGUAGUUCCUGGUGGAGACCUGGCUAAAGUCCAGAGGGCUGUGUGCAUGCUGAGCAACACCACUGCUAUUGCAGAGGCCUGGGCUCGGCUUGACCACAAGUUUGAUCUGAUGUACGCUAAGCGUGCCUUUGUUCACUGGUAUGUGGGUGAGGGUAUGGAGGAGGGAGAGUUCUCUGAGGCCAGAGAGGACAUGGCAGCUCUGGAGAAGGAUUAUGAGGAGGUUGGAGUCAACUCUAUUGAGGGGGAAGGAGAGGAGGAAGGAGAGGAAUAUUAAAAGGUGCUAGUUAAACAGGAAACAAUUGAUUUAAUUCCGUCUUAAAUAUGUUCCAAAACUGUUUCUUAAUGACCUGUUUGGCUGUUCAGAAUAAAACUCCUGUAGGACCAGAGAGGACAUCAGCAUGUUUAUGGUUGGAGUUAACGCAUUGGAAGGUGAGGAAGAGGAUUAUUAAAAGGGACAAAGCACUAGCUAGUUAAACAGGAAACAAUUGCUACAAAUUAAAGGCAUUCCACUGUUAGUCUUUCAAAUAAGAGUUAGGCUGUU